AGGAUGUUGGUUAAGCCUCUCCCCUCCCUCAUAGUAUUUUCCCCACCUCUCCAUUUGUUUCAGCUAAUUGGAUCAUUAUGAUGCUCUAAACAAGGAUAGUCCUCUAAACACCAUCGUUGGAAAUGUAAAUUGAUACUGGCCAGCGGCCACUUCUAGAGAAAGCUUGCCAUAAGCAUAUAAGAACACAGCACCAAUUGGUCAUCUUCCCAUUUUGGGUCAGGUACCGACUACCCAAUCAAGAUGGUCGCGUCCAUAGAAGAUCGGCUCGGCUAUGUUGGUUGUCAGUUGUCACCAACUACAGUAUAUGGCGUUCUUUACGCGGUGGCGGUGGCACCCUUAGUUUACAAUCGAUGUGGAGGUGGAAAAGAAGAGAGGAGACUUGCAUGGCAGGACAGACAGGGACUGGGAAAGUAAAUGCCAUCGAGUGUGACAUUUGUCGGCCUAAACGAGGAGAUGACAUGUUGAGCAAUCCAAGAAAAAGAAGCAGUACAAAAGGCUCAAGCAGCAAAGCAAGGCAAAUUUGUUACUCCUACUAUAGCAGACGGAAGUCAUGAAAGGGAGGAUGAGGCUGUCCAGAAUCGGAACAAAUUCGUGCACGCUGAUGCUUCUGCUGAUCAUACUCUCGGAGUUGGCCUGGCCAUCACUAGCCUGCUCUUCUGAUACAAGCAAUUGUAGUCAGUGCAUCGCUAAUGGCAUGAAGUUCAACUGCCCCGGGUGUGUGCCAAUCAUGCGUUGCAUGGCCAAGUGUUUGUGGGGUGGCACUUCUCGUACCAAAUGCAUGAAGAAAUGUGAUUGCAAUACUGACUACCCAAAGCUCGCUGAUUGCAAAAAAUGCUUAUCCCGGUGCAAGUGCAGCUGCUCUGCCUAGAUGUGUACGGUAGCCAUGUUUCAGGAGCACACCUGUGUUCAAUUUGAUGUAUUUCUGCUGUUAAAUUUGUGUGGAUUCUCGCAACAGUUGUGUGGA